AUGCACGCAAUCAGCAAAGUCCUCGCUCCUACCGUUGCCCUUCUCACAAUGGUUCAGUACUGUCCUGCUCCCUUCAUUUCCGCCAUAGCAGGUGUGGUUGCUGGAGUCACAGCUUCUGACACAGCUGCUGUUGUUGGUGCAGCUGCAGGAGUAGCUGGUGCCGUUGAGGGCGGCAUUUCCGCCAGUCACAAGAAGAGGGACAUACCUCGCCCUUUCAACAGCCGCAUCAAGAAGCGCCAGGAUUUGUCAAACUUGGGCUUGGGCACUGCCUAUCCUGACUGUCUCGAUGAGCUGAAGGGCACCACGCUCACCUUCUCUCGUCCCUCUGACAAUACCGUGCUUGUCUCGGGCAUGCCUCCUGCAUGCAUGGCCUUGUGCGGUGUUCUCACCGGCAUUUAUAAUGAGGGAAACCCAGUGCCCGAGAGCAGCUCCUCCGUCAGCUUCACCAACCUCUCCUCUGAGGAUAUUCAGCAGAUCCAGAAUGCUCUCGACGUUCACCCCAAUUACAACCCUUGA